AUGGCCGCGACUCAAGAUACGGCGCCCAAGACUUUCUUGGACCUCAUCAACGACUGCGAUAGCUUCCCGGAUAUCGACAUUGCUCAAACACCAUACUCGGAUGACAAUCAGAGCGCAUUCUAUCAGUUUCUGCUGCCCAAUGAUCCUCGACCACACGGCUACAUGGUCCCAUCCGUGGUUGAACGCAUGCCGUGGACCGCCGACUUCAAGAUCAGCCCGCCAACUGCGCGACCCCGGACGGUGCAGUUGAUUGAUACGUCCAACGGAUCAAACACAUCCCAAGCAUGCAACAAGUCACUACUCGAAGUUGUCGAGGCGGCCAAGGCCGCAAGAAUCUUCGAAGGGCUCCGUCCACGACCAAACUACGAGGACUACAAAGUCAUCGGUGCCAACUUCCCGGUACAGCUGCAGCGGUCCGCCGCGCCUCUCUUCGGCAUCGCCAACCGCGGCGCCCACCUCAACAUCUACACUGUCGCCGAGGACGGCGCUCUCAAGUUCUGGGUGCCCCGCCGCAGCGCCCACAUCCGGACCUGGCCCGGGAUGCUCGACAAUGCGGUGGCGGGCGGGGUGAGGGCCGAGGAGUCGCCGUUUGAGUGCAUCGUCCACGAGGCCGACGAGGAGGCGUCGCUGCCGGAAGAGUUGAUCAGGACACGGGCACGUGCGACAGGCGUCAUCACAUAUGUCAGCAGGAGCGCGCCCGGGUCCGGGGCGGAGAUCGGCCUCAUGGUGCCGGACUGCAUCUACACGUUCGACCUGCAGGUCGGGCCCGACGAGGUGCCCCGCCCACGAGACGAGGAGGUGCAGGAGUUCUAUCUCUGGAGCGUGGACCAGGUCAAGGAGGCGCUGGCGCGCGGCGAGUUCAAGCCCAACUGCGCGCUUGUCAUGAUCGACUUCUUUAUCCGGCGGGGCGUUAUCACGGAGGACAACGAGCAAGAUUACCUGCAGCUCGUUACGCGAUUGCACAGGACCUUGCCGGUUCCGACGGUACCUGCACAAGGGAGAUGA